AUGACGUGGCCACCCCCGCACAUGCACACAAGGGCAUUAGUGCCGGACUGCCUCACUGUCCUCUCCAUAAAUGCCAGAGGCCUCAACAAACCGGAGAGGCGCUCAGGAGCGCUGAGAGACUUCCACGCCAAACGAGCCUCGAUAGUCUUAAUCCAAGAGACACACUUUAAGGAAGGGUCCAGGGCCAAAAUGACUAACCAUCACUACCCGACGGGAUAUUACAGCGACUACCAUGCAGGGAGGUCAAGAGGCACGGCCAUCCUAGUUAACAAAAAGAUACCUUUUGUAGAAACAGGACAGAUGACGGACAAGGAGGGUAGAUUCCUUUUCUUCAAAGGCACAAUUGCAGGACAGGUCUAUACAUUCGCAAACAUCUAUGCCCCGUACAACCGACAAUACAGAUUCCUGGCACACACACUUAAGAAACUACAGCCCUUCACAGAGGGAAUCCCCAUUGUGGGGGGAGACCUUAACGUAGCACUCAAUCUGCGGUGGGACACCUCCUCCGGACACUCGUGGGUCUCGACACAAAACCUGAACUCAAUACAAACCCUUCUGACUUGUUACAAACUGAUAGACUGCUGGAGGGCCUACCACCCGGAUGAGAAGGACUACACCUUCUUCUCACACAACACAUAUACUAGACUGGACUACCUCUUUACCUCACACUAUCAUCUAACAAUAACACACGAUGCACACUAA